AAUUAGUAUCCAUACAAUAUGUUUAUUCAAAUAUGUCAACUCAAAAAAAAAGCAUCAUUAAUAAGUAUUUAAGAUGGGUUCAUAUAAUUUAAUUUGGUUUAAUUCAUAUAUUUUUAGAAAGUAAACUCUUAGCAAGUGGAUAUAUAUACAAAUAGGCGGUGGUUCCAGCAGAAUUUUAGUGUAGACUCGAUACUUCCAAAGCUUGACUACUUAAACUGAGAGAGAGUUUUGUUGUAGAGUUGUAGUGUCAUCAUCCAUUAAUGGACAGAAUAUCUAGCUCUAAUUCUCUAUCAACACCAAGGUUUCGGUGCUUUGAUCCAACCAACUCUUACCCAGAUCACACCACUAAUCACAAACAUUAUAUUCGAACCUUUUCAAAUUCAAGCUUCAACAACAACUCUCACUCCAAUUCCACUCCAGAAAUGGGACUUUUAAUCAACUCUGAUCCUAAAAUCGAAACCGGUGAAGCCGGCUACGUUCUUGAAGAUAUUCCCCACCUAUCCGAUUACCUAAAUCAUCUCCCUACUCAUCCAAAUCCAUUACAAGAUAAUCCUUCGUACUCAGCCGUUAAGCAAUACUUUGUUGAUGUGGAUGAUACAGUGGCCCACAAGGUUGUUGUCCAGAAGAACGGUCCAAGGGGGACACACUUUCGGCGAGCUGGGCCUCGUCAAAAGGUGUAUUUUCAAUCAGAUGAAGUGCACGCUUGUAUAGUCACAUGUGGGGGUCUAUGCCCUGGUCUAAACACAGUGAUCAGGGAGAUAGUAUGUGGUUUACACCACAUGUAUGGAGUUAACACAGUUCUUGGGAUUGAGGGAGGAUACAAAGGCUUCUAUUCAAGAAACACAAUCCCUUUAACCCCAAAAAUUGUCAAUGACAUUCAUAAACGUGGUGGCACCAUUCUUGGAACAUCACGUGGAGGUCAUGACAAAUCAAAAAUAGUUGACAGCAUUCAAGAUCGAGGCAUCAAUCAGGUUUACAUAAUUGGAGGAGAUGGAACUCAAAAGGGGGUUUCAGUGAUUUUUGAGGAAAUCAGGAGGCGUGGCCUUAAAGUUGCAGUGGCUGGAAUUCCAAAAACUAUAGACAAUGACAUUCCGGUUAUAGAUAAGUCCUUCGGUUUUGACACUGCCGUUGAGGAAGCUCAACGAGCUAUCAACGCAGCUCAUGUUGAAGCUGAAAGCUUCGAGAAUUGCAUUGGCCUUGUCAAGUUGAUGGGACGCCAUAGCGGAUUCAUAGCAAUGCAUGCUACUCUUGCAAGCAGAGAUGUUGAUUGUUGCCUGAUACCAGAGUCCCCGUUCUACCUCGAAGGACCUGGAGGACUAUUCGAAUACAUCAAAAGAAGACUUAAAGAGAAUGGACACAUGGUAAUAGUGGUGGCUGAAGGAGCAGGACAAGAAAAUCUUUCUGAGAAUACUCGUAGCAUUAACCAGCAAGAUGCUUCUGGAAAUAAACUACUUAAAGAUGUUGGUCUGUGGUUAACACAGAAAAUCAAGGAUCACUUCUCAACACAACAAAAUAUUAAUAUAAACCUCAAAUAUAUAGAUCCCACUUACAUGAUCCGAGCAGUUCCAAGCAACGCAUCUGAUAACGUUUCUUGUACACUCCUUGCUCAGAGUGCCGUACAUGGUGCAAUGGCAGGGUAUACUGGUUUCACAGUUGGCCCUGUUAAUGGAAGACAUGCUUACAUACCUUUCCAUAGGAUUAAUGAGAAACAGAAUAAGGUUGUAAUAACUGACAGAAUGUGGGCAAGGCUGCUAUGUUCAACCAAUCAGCCAAGUUUCCUAAAUGCUGCAGACAGUUUUGAAGAUGAUCAUAAAGAAAAUGAAACAGAAAUCCAUGCUGAAAAUCGGGAAAGCGAACCAAACGGCUAUAAUGGUCAAAGCUUAAUAAGCUGAGAGAGACUGCCUCUAGUCUAGACAGAUCACAAAAAGUGUUGAAUUUCAUUUUCGUUUGAACAACAUGCUAAAUAAUGUGUCAUAAGGUUUUCAAAUGAAUAUACUGUAGUCUGUAUCAUUAGAAUCCUCUUUUAAGAUUAUCAUUUUCUAUGGUUUUCUAUUUUAGCACUGGAAUAUUUUAAGGUCCAA